UGCAUGCAGCUACCGGGAGCUGGGCGCAUCCAGAUGCUCGCUGCGCCCAAGGGUGCCAGGAAGGGACGUGUGGCUUGGCAAGGCGAGGGGUGCUGGGCACCCUGCCCUGGGGCAACCCCAAUGCCAGGGACUGGGGAGCCCUCACCACGUGAGUGGGCAGCCAUGGGCGGAUGGAGGGGUCCUGGCAUGCUGCUGGCCCUACUGCUCCUCCUGUGCCCGCUGCCCACGCCAGCGUGUCCCCACACCUGCUACUGCUGGGCAGGGGAAGUGGACUGCCGCCAGCGUGCCCUGCAUGAGGUUCCGCUGCUCCUGCCCACCAAUGCCAGCACCCUCUGGCUCGGCUACAACCUCAUCGCCGUACUCGGGGCCCGUGCCUUCCCCUCCCUGCCGGUGCUGCUGCGGCUCAGCCUGCCCCAUAAUGGCUUGGAGAAGAUCCACCGGCAGGCACUGCUGGGGCUCGGGGCGCUGCGGGAGCUGGACCUCAGUGACAACUACCUGACUGUGCUGAGCCCUGAGACAUUCCUGCCCCUCACCAGCCUGGCUACACUCAACUUGGGCUACAAUAGGCUGGAAGAGUUGGAGGCAGGGGUGCCGCGUGCCUUGCCCCAGCUCCAAGUGAUCUUUCUGAACGGGAACCCCUGGCUGUGCUCCUGCAGCAUCCUGCCCCUCUGGCGCUGGCUGGGACACAACAGGGAAAAAGUACCAGAGAGGAGUUCCCUCCAGUGCAUGUUCCCAGAAUCGCUGAACACAUACCCAAUCAUGGCCUUUGGGAAUGAUUCCUUCCGGCAGUGUCAGAAGGUCCCGCUGUCAGCCCAGCACUACGCUGCCUUCCUGCUCAUCGGGCCCUUCUCCUUCCUGGCCAGCAUCUUCUGCUGCACCUUGAUGGGCUCCAUCGUGGUCAUUUAUCAGCAACUACGUAAGGAUCCCCAAACCCGGAGGAGACCCCUCAGCAGUGGCGGUCACUGAGUCAGUGCCACCAGGGGCUGAGGUGACUUUCUGCUAAUCCUUUUCCCCUGGCUCACCCACAUUUCUCCCUUUGAGUGCAUUUCAGUGUGCCCAUUUACCUCCUCGUGCCUUUUGAUGCAGCCAGCACCCUCCACCCAGCACUCAGUGACUCUCAGCAAUCCUUUACAUCCCCCCUGACACAUUGUUUGGUUUUUGGUGCAUCCACAUGCCCUCUGUUUGGCUUUAUGUGUGCCCCAGAGCUCUCCAUGGGCCUUUCUGUGUGCUUGAGGAUCUCUUGGGUGCUUUUGGGGCACCCCAGAGCCUCCAUCUAUGUGGCAGAUAGAAGCAGAAUCAUACAAUCAUAGAACCAUUUGAGCUGGAAGGGAUCUUUAAGGUCAUUUGGUCCAACUCCCCUGCAAUGAACAGGGACAGCUACAGCUCCAUCAGGUGCUCAGAGAGUCCCAUCCAGCCUGACCCCGAAUGUCUGCAGGAACGGGGCAUCCACCACCUCUGGGCUGCCUAUGCCAGUGCUUCACUACUCUUAUUGUAGAAAAUCUUUUUUCUUAUAUCCAAAAGUACAACUGGAAUGAGGGGGGCAACUCUCACAAAGGAGAAGCAGCCCCUUUGAUAUGAAUUCCUAUGCGCUGCAAGGCAAUGCAAGCCACGAUGAGAUGGCUAUGAACAUCAACCUUGCCCCACUAGCUCCAGUGGCAUAGAAAUGAUCUCCUGUCCGUGUAAGAGCUGUGGGACAAGCCAGGGAUGUGGCCAAUGCAUCCUUCAGCAAGCUUUUGGCAGAGGUUAAAUAAAUCACACAGAGAAUAAACUGAAUGUCACCUCA